AGGCCGCCAGAGCCCAGGGAGCCCGGCAGGCCUCUGGGGCAGCGCCGGGUGUCGCGGUGUUUGCACGGGAGUGGGCAUGUAGACAGCGGGCAACCCAGGAGCAAACCGGCUAGCUCAGCCCGCUCGCCGCGGUCCCGUCGGAGGUGCUAACUGUGCGUGUUGGCAUCUCCCAGGCGCCACAGGGUUGGAUGGCUCAGGGCUUGCGCUGAAGCUCAGCGAGGCUAGAGGCCGGUCCCCACGUCUCCAGGCAUCAGGGCUGCCCACCAGUGUCCAGGCGGGCAGGGGGGGCGACUGGACGGCCAGACAGACUUGCUUCGCUGGCUGCCUGUUUGGUUGCUGCGUUCUGUGUCGGCAUGGUUGCUAGUUUCCAACAGGAAAUCUUGGAGACUGUCAAAUUUGUGACCCAAGAAGUAGCAGCUAAAUGUCUGGGAUGCUGACUCGAGGCUGGUUCGUGUUCUAAGGGCGGCACCUCAUAGUGGCUGGAGAGGACUUUCCAAAGGGGCAUCCCACCCUUCCUCGAAGACAGGUGCCAUUUGAGCCUCUGUGGCCCGUGUCCCCUUCCACCAGCCGGUGGCCAGUUGAGCCUCCUUUGGUCCCGGAGCAGUCCUGCCCACCAUGGACCCAGACCCCCAGGCAGGCGUGCAGGUGGGCAUGCGUGUGGUGCGCGGCGUGGACUGGAAGUGGGGCCAGCAGGAUGGCGGCGAGGGCGGCGUGGGCACUGUGGUGGAGCUUGGCCGCCACGGAAGCCCCUCGACCCCUGACCGCACGGUAGUCGUGCAGUGGGACCACGGCACCCGCACCAACUACCGCGCAGGCUACCAGGGCGCGCACGACCUGCUGCUCUACGACAACGCCCAGAUCGGCGUCCGCCACCCCAACAUUGUCUGUGACUGCUGCAAGAAGCAUGGCCUGCGGGGUAUGCGCUGGAAGUGCCGCGUCUGCUUCGACUACGACCUGUGCACGCAGUGCUACAUGCACGGCAAGCACGACCUCACCCACGCCUUCGAGCGCUACGAGACGGCCCACUCGCGCCCGGUCACGCUGAGUCCCCGCCAGGGCCUCCCCAGGAUCCCGCUGAGGGGCAUCUUCCAGGGGGCGAAGGUGGUACGGGGUCCCGACUGGGAGUGGGGCUCGCAGGACGGCGGGGAAGGGAAGCCAGGCCGAGUGGUGGACAUCCGUGGCUGGGAUGUGGAGACAGGCCGGAGCGUGGCCAGUGUGACGUGGGCAGAUGGCACCACCAAUGUGUACCGAGUGGGCCACAAGGGCAAGGUGGACCUCAAGUGUGUAGGCGAGGCGGCUGGUGGCUUCUACUACAAGGAGCACCUGCCAAGGCUCGGCAAGCCGGCAGAGCUGCAGCGCAGGGUGAGUGCUGAUGGCCAGCCUUUCCAGCACGGGGACAAGGUUAAAUGUCUGCUGGACACAGACAUCCUGAGGGAGAUGCAGGAAGGCCACGGCGGGUGGAACCCCAGGAUGGCGGAGUUUAUCGGACAGACGGGCACCGUGCACCGCAUCACGGAGCGUGGGGAUGUGCGCGUGCAGUUCGGCCAUGAGACCCGCUGGACCUUCCACCCUGGGGCUCUCACCAAGCACAACGCCUUCUGGGUGGGUGACGUGGUGCGGGUCAUUGAUGACCUUGACACGGUGAAGCGGCUACAAGCUGGGCACGGCGAGUGGACAGAUGACAUGGCCCCUGCCCUGGGCCGCGUCGGGAAGGUGGUAAAAGUUUUCAGAGACGGUAACCUGCGUGUGGCAGUCGGCGGCCAGCUGUGGACCUUCAGCCCCUCCUGCCUGGUGGCCUACCGCCCUGAGGAAGAUGCCAACCUGGACGUAGCAGAGCGUGCCAGGGAGAACAAAAGCUCCCUGAGUGUUGCCCUGGACAAGCUUCGAGCCCAGAAGAGCGACCUUGAGCAUCCAGGGAGACUGGUGGUGGAGGUGGCCCUAGGCAGUAUGGCCGGGGCUCUGGACCUGCUGAGGAGGCACCCGGAGCAGGUGGACGCCAAGAACCAGGGCAGGACCGCCCUGCAGGUGGCUGCCUACCUGGGCCAGGUGGAGCUGGUGCGGCUGCUGCUGCAGGCACGGGCGGGCGCAGACCUGCCCGACGAUGAGGGCAACACGGCGCUGCACUACGCGGCCCUGGGGAACCAGCCGGAGGCUGCCCGGGCGCUCCUGAGCUCCGGGUGCGGGGCCAAUGCCCUUAACGGCACCCGGAGCGCAGCGCUGCAUGUGGCCGUGCGGAGGGGCUUUCUGGAGGUGGUGAGGGUCCUGUGUGAGCGCGGCUGUGACGUCAAUCUGCCUGACGCCCAUGCGGACACACCCCUGCACUGUGCCAUCUCGGCGGGCGCCGGCGCCAGCGGCAUCGUGGAGGUCCUCACUGAGGUGCCGGGCAUCGACGUCACCGCCACCAACAGCCAGGGCUUCACCCUGCUGCACCACGCGGCCCUCAAGGGCCACACACUAGCUGUCAGGAAGAUCCUAGCUCGGGCACGUCAGCUGGUGGAUGCCAAGAAAGAGGACGGCUUCACGGCCUUGCACCUGGCCGCCCUCAACAACCACCGGGAGGUGAUCCAGAUUCUCAUCCGAGAGGGCCGCUGUGACGUGAACGUCCGCAACCGGCAGCUCCAGUCCGCACUGCACCUGGCGGUGCAGCAGGCCCACGUGGGCCUCGUGCCGCUGCUGGUGGACGCUGGCUGCAGCGUCAAUGCCGAGGAUGAGGAGGGGGACACGGCCUUGCACGUGGCACUGCAGCGUCACCAGCUGCUGCCCCUGGCGGCCGAUGGGGCCGGGGGGGACCCGGGGCCCUUGCAGCUGCUGUCCAGGCUACAGGCCUCCGGCCUCCCGGGCAGCGGGGAGCUGACGGUGGGCGCGGCGGUCGCGUGCUUCCUGGCGCUGGAGGGCGCCGACGUGAGCUACGCCAACCACCGCGGCCGGAGCCCCCUGGACCUGGCCGCCGAGGGCCGCGUGCUCAAGGCCCUGCAGGGCUGCGCGCAGCGCUUCCGGGAGCGGCACGCGGGCGGCGGCGGGGGCGCGGCCCCGGGCCCCAGGCUGGUGCUCGGCACCCCCAACACCGUGACGAACCUGCACGUGGCCGCGCCGUCGGGGCCCGAGGCCGCCGAGUGCCUGGUGUGCUCGGAGCUGGCGCUGCUGGUGUUGUUCUCGCCGUGCCAGCAUCGCACGGUGUGCGAGGAGUGUGCGCGCAGGAUGAAGAAGUGCAUCAGGUGCCAGGUGGUCAUCGGCAAGAAGCUGCGCCCAGACGGCACGGAGGUGGCCGGCGCGCCCCCUGCGCCCGGCCCGCCGCGGCAGCUGGUGGAGGAGCUCCAGAGCCGCUACCGGCAGAUGGAAGAACGCAUCACCUGCCCCAUCUGCAUCGACAGCCACAUCCGCCUCGUGUUCCAGUGCGGCCACGGCGCGUGCGCGCCCUGCGGCGCCGCGCUCAGCGCCUGCCCCAUUUGCCGCCAGCCCAUCCGCGACCGCAUCCAGAUCUUCGUGUAGUCCGCGCCACCCACCCCCCCCGCCCGCCCCCGCCCCGCGUCCCGGCCGCGCCCCGCCACGUUCCGGAGCCACGUCCCGCCAUCGCCUUCGCAAGCCCCCACCCCGUGUUUUAUAAAAAGAUUCUCGGAC